CGGCGCUUGGUGUGUGUAAGUAUACUCCCAGCGCGCGCUCGAAAGAGGCGAGCAGGCGGCGCGCAUGGGGAGGGCGGGUUCCCCCCCUCGUUGCGCAGCAGGUUUGUGCGAGUGCGAGUUGAAAAUGUUAUUGGCCUUUGGCGUAAAGAAUGUGUGCGGUCCGCCA